AUGUCAUCGGCAUCGAAAUCCUUUCUAAUCAAAGAUAUUCUCUCGGAAAACGGCGACUCAACAUCGUCAGAUGAAAGUACGGAUAACGGGGAACUUUUUCUCCCCAACCCAAUCGACCUUCGUCGGUAUUUCAAACAUCCAUUAUAUCCAAUUCCUUUACGACCAAGUGCAUUAUUGUUGUCUAAAUCAACACCUACAACAACAACAACACCAUCAUCAUCUGCGGCCACAAUAACAGCGCUACGCAAUACCCAUCGUCGAUUGGCUGUCGACGCGCAAAACUCGCCAUUAGAUGCGCUCUUUGAAAUGACGAAGAAAACAUUUGAUAAAACAAGUAUAAAUUCAUUGGAUUCGGAUAUUUCAUUGAAAAUAACUCAUGAAUUGCACAAACGAAAACGUCGAAAGAACCGCACGGCGUUUAGCGCUCAACAGAUCUACGCAUUGGAGAAGCGUUUUGCACAUCAACGAUAUCUCACACCGAAUGAUCGUGAUCAAAUUGCGAAUGAAUUGCAACUUUCACCUGCUCAAGUUAUUACAUGGUUUCAAAAUCGACGUGCUAAACUCAAACGAGACUACGAAGAAUUAAAAAACGAUGUGAAUGCAGCUCGAAAACUACAAGCGAUGGGAGAACCUGUUGAUUUUAGUUGA